CAUGCUUCGUCUCCUCUCAUCGGCGACGGCGACGGCGACGGCGACGACUCUCACAAGCGACGAUGACUCACGUGAGCAAGAAGAUCAGAGACGACCCACUCUCAUACAUUAUAAAUCUCCACUCUCACUCUUUGAGUUCUUCUUCGCUUCUUGUCUCAACUUUAUUUGCAAAGCAAGCAGAUCGACGAUGACGCUGCUAGACAAGUUGAUUUUUUGCGGAAGUUUUUUAAAUUUUUAUUAAUUUUGUUUCAAAUUGCAUCAUACGGAGUAUUACAGAAGGGUAGAGGGAAGCAGGAGACGGAAGGAAGAUAUGAGAGCCUAGACUGAUUAAAUCUCAGCCGUUAGAUGCAACGGAUGGUCCAGAUUUAAAACAUUCCACAUAAUUUCGGCAAAGACCAUUACGGCCCCAUCCCUUUAGGUUUAGGCUCCCUUCCUCUUUCGCCUCUUUCGUUAAGUAACGUAAAUACAUUCUGCUCCACUCUGCUCUGCUCGCGAUUUUGUGUUAUGGAACUCAACAGGUAAAAUAAAAAUCUAAGUAGGAGAAAGGAGCGGGAGUCGUUUCCAUUAGAGCGGCUUGUUUCUCGCUUGAAAUCGUGGCCGAAGAUUCUGACAUCAUUGAAGCUUCAUGUAGUUGGGUUGAUAAUUAUAUAGGGAGUGCCCCUCCAAUUUAUUUAUGUCUACAGCUUUCCUCAAUAUCAGUCUGCAGAACUAUUGUGAAGCAUGGCAACGGAGCAAAAAGAAGACGAUCAGCAAGUCACUAGUUCCCAUGCUGUUAGCCUGAGAGGUAAGGUGGAGGAAUGCUACAAAAAGAUUAAAGAGAAUGCAGAGACUUACCCAUAUGUUUGGGCUUCCUAUAUUACUGUGUAUGGCGGUUUUUCCCUAUGGUUGGCCUAUAGAUGGAGAAAGCUUCGCAAAACUGAAGACAGGGUGAAAAUCCUUCAAGAGAGAUUGCGGAAACUCAAAGAAAGUGAAGUGUCUGCAAGUUCUGCCGCAGCAGUUGAAAAGGCCCCACCUUCUACAGAUAAGAUUGCCAAAUAGAUGCAUGCUGUUUCUCCUUAAUUCUCGUGAGAAUACAGAAUUGAAGAUUUGGGGUGAUCAAGGAGUGAAGUUAGGAAAAAAAAAUCAAUGAUUUUUGUCAAAAUUUGGUAGGCUAACAUGUUUAUCAUGUGCCAUAUUUCACCGUAAUUUGUCAUGCGGUGACACUAUAUAUUGCUCUGUUCCCAGUUGUUUUCUUAUGCAAGUUUUGAAUAAAUUUCCAACAUUCCCAAUUGGGAGCUUGGAAAGGAGGAAUAAAAUUUUGAAUAGCUGAAAUUGGAAGA